AAAGCACAUGGGCGUCAAAUUUGGGGGAAUAUCCACAUUAGGCUUCCCCGCCAAGGUCGGCAGUUUGAAUAGAGACAACUAGCGCAGGAGGAUUCUCGGUAAUCCAUGUUGGUAUUUCUGCGAGGGGCGCCCUCUGCAUAUUAACUGGUUUCUUUAUACGUCGGGAGUUGCACGUUUGAGGACUAUGGUCAGUUCUUGAGCCUCGACGCCAAAAUGUACGCAACAAUUCUUGCUAGUAUAGGCUUUGCUGUGUCGCUUUCUUACUUAACCCUAAUAUUCCCGAGAUUGUUGCAAGAAUGGAAGAUUUAUGCGCAUCGCAAAGAGCUUCCUCCGGGCCCGAAGGUUAUCAAAUCUGGCCUUCGAAAGCCAUGGCUAUGGUUUCGAGAACUAAAUAAAGAGUAUGGUGAUGUAGUCUACCUCCAGAUGGGCCCAACACCCACCAUAAUACUCGGUUCAGCUCAGGCGGCAUGGGACCUCUUAGAGAAACGAGGAGCGAAGUACUCUUCUCGACCCCGCUUCAUUAUGGGUGGUGAACUUCUGUCAGGGGGGAUGAGAGGCCUUAUGGCGCCAUAUGGAUCUUUCUGGCGGCGUUGGCGGAAGCUGUUACAUAGCGGGUUUAUGAAUCGUCAAAGUUUAACUUAUCGACCUAUCCAGAGCUUAGAGUCUAAAGUUCUUAUGUACGAUUUGCUCCAAACCCCUCAGGCCUUCCGGAAGCAUCUCGAGCGUUAUGCUGCUUCGGUUAUCGUUACGGUCACAUACGGACGAAGAGUCGAAAAUGUUGAUACCGAUAUUGUUGUGCAGCGCAAUGGCGAGUCAAUGGACCGCCUUACACAAGUCAAUAUUCCCGGUAAAUAUAAGGUAGAGCGAUACCCAGCUCUUAAAUACAUACCUGGCAUGUUUGCACCAUGGAAAGCUCAGGUCCUUAAGCAACGACAGAAAGACAUCCAAUUAUACACGGAACUUAUGGCCGAAGUUAAAGAUAGGAAUAAUAAAGGUACUUUGCCUGCAUGUUUUGCCAAGCACCUACUAGAGGAACAAGAGAACCUUGGAAUUUCGGAUCUGGAAAUUGCAUACACCGCAGGCUCUCCUUUUGGUGCGGGGGUAGAGACAUCCGCAGGCUCACUCGCUAGUUUUUUCCUCGCUUGUGUCAAGUUCGGUUCACAGUUUAUUCCUAGGGCACAGGAGGAACUCGACAAGGUAGUAGGAAAUAGCAGGCUUCCAACAUUCGAAGACUUACCCCAAUUACCAUACGUUAGAGCAGUUGCUUCUGAGACGCUACGAUGGAGACCAGUAGCUGUGCUAGGAGGCACACCGCAUGCCAGUACCGCUGAUGACGUGUAUAAGGGAAUGUUUAUUCCUAAGGGAAGCACAAUCAUUGCACCCCUAUGGAGUAUUCACCUAAACGAAUCCGAUUUCCCCGAUCCAAACGAAUUCCAACCUGAACGCUUUAUAGAAGAGCGUGAGUAUCCUGGCACAUUUGGUCAUAGUGCAUUUGGUUGGGGAAGAAGAAUCUGUCCUGGCAUGCACUUAGGUUCUGCGUCUGUGGAACUCAAUAUCGCACGAAUACUAUGGGCUUUUAAUGUCAGUCCCACAGAGGAUGCAGACGGAAACGACGUCGAUGUGGACAUAUUCGCCUUCUCGGAUGGCUUCAACUCCAGUCCGCUUCCGUUCCCUUGUUCGAUAGAACCCCGAUCCGACAACCAUGCGAAGGUUAUUGAGCAAGAGUUUCAAGAUGCUACAGAGUCCCUAAAAACAUAUACCGCGGUUGACAGCAAAGUAUCUUGACGAGACACGAGGCGUAUCUACCAAGCACGGGUUUCGAUGAUUGGAGAGGUAUUCCAAACCCUAAGGCUGUGGAGUAACUAGACCAAUUGAAUCUCAUCCUCAUAUUUAGACUUAAUAAAACAUGA